GGCGGCGGCAGGCGGCGGCGGGGCGCGGCAGCGGCGGUGGGCGGCGGGGCGGGAGCUGGCCGCAGGGAACCUCGGACCCCUGAGGCAGAGGCUACAGUGGCCAGUGUGGGCAGUGUCGGGACUUGCCCAGCAGGCUGCUGAGUGCCGGCCCUUUGUCAGCCGUGUGCAGGAUGGACAGCGCCAAGGAGGACUUCAACCUGCAGCUGGCCCUGCACAGCUUCAAGCAAUGUCUCAACGAGAAGGAGGAGGUGCUGCUGGACCCCUACCUGGAUGGCUGGCAGGGUCUGGUCAGGUUUCUGAACAGCAUGGGCGCAGUCUUCACGUUCAUCUCAAAGGACCUGGUGGCAAAACUGCAGAUCAUGGGGCAGCUGCGGGCCGGCCCCCAGCGUGAUCAGUACUGCAGCCUGCAGUCCAUGGUGGCCUAUGAGCUGGGCCACCAGCUGGUGGACCUGAAGCGUGCCUCCCGCAACCCCAGCUCGGGCUGCCGCACAGUGCUGCGGCUGCACCGUGCCCUGAACUGGCUCCACCUCUUCUUGGAGAAGCUCCGCACCAGCCCCCAGGACGCCAGCACCGCCACGCUCUGCACCGACUCCUACAACGCCACGCUGGCCGCCUACCACUCCUGGGUCAUCCGCCGGGCUGCCACCCUUGCCUUCUGCGUGCUGCCCACCCGCACAGCCUUCCUGGAGGCCAUGAACGUGGGCCCCCCCGAACAGGCAGUGGAGAUGCUGGGGGAGGCGUUGCCCACCAUCGAGCGUGUCUACCAUGUCUCCCAGAAGCUGUACGAAGACCAUGCACUGUUGGACCUGCCCUAAGCCGGCAGCAGUGCCCACACAGCCUCCCAGCAGGUGCCCCUGAGAACUGGGCCCAGGGGUGCUGCCACCGACGCCGCCCGGCAGUCGCGAGGGGCAGCAGCGAGGGCAGGUGCUGGCCACUUCCCCAGCCUCUCUGCUCCACGGCAGCACCUCCACAGGCCAGCGCCACUGUUCCUCAGAAGCUGCCAGCGGCCCCCCCAUUAUGAACACGCGUAGACUCGGAGUCCACAGGCCAGCGUACAGAUGCCCACUGACCUCACUGCUGCGGGCCCCUCUCAACGUUCACCAAGGUGCCCGCCUGGCUGGCUCCCUCCAUCCCCGACUGGCUGGCCUCUCCAUCCCCAGCUGACUGUCCUGGGCAGCAGUGGCCACUGCAGGUUCCCUCUGUCCCUUUUGCAGCAUAGUCAGCCCCUGUCCUGAGCGAUGAGGGCAUCAGGAGAGGCUGGAGCAAAGCCUGCCCGUCUCUGCUUGCAUCACGGAGCCACGGGCUGAUGGUUGGCCCUCGCCGCCGCACCCAGCCCCCUUCGCUGCUUUCCACUCCUGCCCUGCCCUCGGAGCCCACGCCCCAUGUACAGCAGACACGGGCGCAGGCACGCCUGGGGUGAACUCGGGCUGCUGGGAAUGAACUAGACGUGGUUUUCCAUCAUAAAUAAAUGGCUCGGAACCUGCUGCA